AUGGAGGGAGAGGGAGGGAGUGGAAUGGGUGGGAUCCCCGGAGUCACGGGGAAUCUGCUGGACGCAGGAGCUCAAGCGUUCUACCCUGCUGUCGGUGCCCCUUUCCCCUUGCAGUUACAGCCGCUUCCGCACCAGCUCUACUGCCCGCACCCGUACCCAGCCAUGCCGCUGCCGCCGCCGCCGAUGGCCAUGUCGGUGCCACUGCCACCGCUGCCGAUGGCGCCGCAGACGCCGGGGCACUCCCUGCCAACGGCGACGGCGGUGGUGGACGGCCCGUCGAGCCGCGCGGUGGUGUUGGGCCUGGUGCCGCUGCACGCGCAGGAGACCGACGUGGCGCAGGCGAUGGCGCCGUUCGGCGCGAUCCGCGCUGUGGACGCGUCGGCGGUGGCGUCCGAGUGCGUGGCCACCGUCCACUUCUUCGACAUCCGCGCCGCCGAGCUCGCCGUCGCCUGCGUCCGCGAGCAGCACAUGCGGCAGCAGAGCCGCCUCGGCCAGCUCUACGCGGCGGCCGCCGUGACCCCAGCCUGGCCUCCGCCACCGACGACCCAAGCCUGGGACUGGCCCCACGACGACAGCCGCGGCCUCGUCCUCGGGCAUGCCGUGUGGGCCCACUUCGCCGCCGGCGUUGACGACGGCGACAACCGCGGCUCCCUUGUUGUGCUCAGCCCGAUGCCCGGUGUCUCGCUCGCCGACCUCCGCCAAGUCUUUCAAACCUUCGGGGACUUGAAGGAUGUGAGGGAGUCAGCGCAGCGGCCGAGCCACAAAUUCGUCGACUUCUUCGACACGCGCGACGCCGCGCGCGCGCUCGCCGAGCUCAACGGCCGGGAGCUCUUCGGCCGCCGCCUCGUCAUCGAGUUCACGCGCCCGUCCGGCUCCGGACCCCGCAGGCGCGGGCUCGUGCUCAGUCACCGGCCCAGCGCGCCGACUCAGCCAAGGCAUCAAGCGGCUUGGCGACCAGCCCAGGCGCCGUCGCAGCCGUCGGCCUCGGGGAGGGCGAGGGAAGGAGUGGUGCUUCUGAGGAGGAGCUCUGGCAAGGCCAGCGCUGGCUAUCAGUCCAAGGGCGGCAAUGCCGGCACAAGCAAUGAACGCAAGAGCAAGGGCAGCAAGAACGUAGCGUCGGCGUCCUCGUCAGCUCCCUCGUCGUCGACCGCGACAGCGUCCGGGAAGCAAGGCCAGAAAGGUGCCGGGAGCAGCAGCGGUUGCGGCGGUAAUUGGAGAGGCCGGAGGAGCGGGUGGGAGGCGCGCUUCUUGUUCAAGGAGCCUGAUGCCGCCGGCGUCGCCGACACGCAGGAGCCGGCCUCGGAGAAGGACACGAGGACCACCGUCAUGAUCAGGAACAUACCGAACAAGUACAGCCAGAAACUGCUCCUUAACAUGCUGGAUAACCACUGCAUCCACUCCAACGAGCGGAUCACAGCGAGCGGCGAUGAAGGCGAGGGGCAGCCGUUCUCCUCCUACGAUUUCGUCUACCUCCCCAUAGAUUUCAACAACAAGUGCAAUGUGGGCUACGGCUUCGUCAACCUGACCUCGCCGGAGGCCGCCGUGCGGCUCUACAAGGCGUUCCACAGGCAGCCGUGGGAGGUGUACAACUCACGCAAGAUUUGCCAAGUCACUUACGCACGCGUACAAGGCCUGGAGGCGCUGAAGGAGCACUUCAAGAACUCCAAGUUCCCGUGCGACAGCGACGAGUACCUGCCCGUGGCGUUCUCGCCGCCGCGCGACGGCAAGCAGCUCACCGAGCCGGUGCCCAUCGUGGGCCGCUCGACUGGGCCGUCGUCGGCGUCAGGAGCGUCAUCGCCUCCCAAGAGCCGGGCGACCAGCGUGGACCCGCUGGAGCAGGAGCUCAUGCCGCCGCCCUCGUCGUCCGGCGACGGCGCGUCGUCAACCGCCACGUCUGCCGACGACGACAACCCGGCGAGCAGCGGGGGCGACGACGGCGACGAAGACAGGCUCGCCGGGGAGCUGCGGCACCUAGGCUACACCGACUAGCUAGGCGGCCUAGCUACAUCACAAGCUGGCGAUCGGCAUGCGUACGUAGCGUUGCUUCGAGAAGUGGAGGCAAUGAUGAUGGCCAAGCUUUUUAUGAUCUAUAGCUUCUGCACGGGCUGCACAGCCAGCAAGUGGAGUGGAGUGGAGUGGAGGGGCAAUUCAUUUAUGGCACAUGAAAAAGAAAAAAGGGUGUAGUGGAAAAAGACUUGGGAAAAGAAGGGGUCGACUUGAUCGAUGUUGGUAUUCGUUCGCUCGUACUGCAGGCAGAGAGGCAGCACCGCGGCAGGUGGAGUCGUGU